AUGAAAGUUUCAAGCCUCUGUUGCCUCUUCGUAUGUUCCUCCGUUGCCCAUGUGAUAUCGUGUUCAGACCAAAACACGUACUCCUUCGAUAUAGUUAACAGGAAUACCUGGUACAGUAUCGCCAAGAAAAUUUUCCAAGGCACGACGCCGUGCAAUUUUACGGUGAUCCCCUCCAGUUAUGUGAAUAACUCGGAUGCGGUGGGCAAUUCAGACGAGUCCGUUUUGUUGAUAAGAAAAAAGAUAAACAAUCCUAGUGAGGAAGGCGUGCAAAGCACCGUUGAAGGAAACACCACGGAUAGCAGUAGCAACUCCUCCAGUGGCAAGGAACACCCCAAGAAGGAGGAAGAACUCAAUUUCAGCACCAAUUUCGAAGGAGACGAUUACGCCAAAUUGAAGAGCAGUCUUUCCCUUAUAGAUAAAUCCCUACGUGAGGAAUCUUCAUCAGAAGAGGACACAGAAAUGGAAGACGGCAACGUGGGAGUUGUAAAUAAUGAGGAGAAAAUUACCAUGAACAUGUCCGAAGAAUACAUGCCCCAAAAUAUUUCUGAAGUCCUAGUCGGAGCAGCGGAGGAGGAUCGCACCUACGCCUUAAAGGGGGAUGAGCCAUGUGAUAGUUACGUCAAAUUAGGAGAAAUAAUAAAUAGCACGAAUGAAAAAACGAUCCAAUUUAACUUGCAGAAGAGUAAGGUACUAUGUGUGCAGUUGGAAGCCAUUAGUGGAAAUGGUUACCUGUGGGCCUUGUUAGGAGUCCAUAAGGAGAAGCCCCAAAUAAACCCCGAGCAAUUCCCAAGAAAAAAAAUUACCAAGUCGUUUUUCUCAAACGAAAUUUCUGUCACGCAACCGAAGGCAAUACAGAAGAAUUCGAACAACGGAGGUGAAGGUUCUUCCAAUUCAGCAGGAUAUGGAAAGCCUCAAGCAAGCGAAUAUUUGGGAGGAUACGUUGGAGGCACAUCCACCCUGCAGAGCAUGGUUAAGGCACACAAAGCUGGAACCUUUUACGUCGUCUAUUCGUACUAUAGACCCUUCGACCCCACUGCCAAUGCGAACACAAAGAUUUUGCAGUUGACCGUGUCGUAA